AUGGAAUCACAAAGGAUAUUGACAACUUACGGAAUCCCCAUCACACGAUCUUCACAUGGGGACUCUUCUAAUCGAAGGGCAACAACGGGUACCACCGUUAGUCGUUCUAGUAAUAGGUAUUCCGUUAAUGCACUCUAUUCAAUGGCCGCUGAACAAGAUGUUGAAGUCGAAGAUGAUUUGGCCAGAGCCCAAAAACGAUUACGAGAAUUAAAAAGUCGAAUUUCAACACAAUCCAAAAAAAAUUUCGUUCUGGAACGGGAUGUACGAUAUCUGGAUUCACGUAUAGCUUUAUUAAUUGCGAACCGAAUUGCAUUGGAUGAGAAACAAGAAGUGGAAAGUACAUUUGAGAGCACAGAUUCAUUAGAUGGUAUUUUUCCGGAUGAUCGUAAAAUUCAACAAUACGGAAAUCUGUUUUUUCUACUCCAAGCGGAACCACGACACAUUGCAGUUUUAUGUCGUCUGGUCAGUCUCACAGAAAUUGAUACUUUGUUACAGACAGUUAUGUUUACUAUAUACGGAAAUCAAUACGAAAGUAGGGAAGAGCAUUUAUUAUUGACAAUGUUUCAGUCUGUACUUUCGGCACAAUUUGAGACUACAUUAGAUUUCAAUUCCCUACUUCGAGCAAACACACCAGUUUCUCGAAUGAUGACAACAUAUACUCGGCGAGGGCCAGGUCAAAGUUAUCUUAAAUCAGUUCUUUCAAAACAGAUAAACAAUUUAAUUGAGCUUAAGGAUCUAAAUUUGGAAAUCGAUCCAUUGAAAGUUUAUCAACAAAUGAUAAAGAAAAUUGAAGAAGAAACUGGUUCAUUACCGGCAGAACUGCCACGCGGUGUUACGCCAGAUGUUGCGGCUGCAAAUGCCGAUGUUCAAUCUGCUGUAUCACCACGUAUAACAAUGCUUAUGGAAAUUGCAAACUCUUUCCUUCAAACAAUCAUGGAAUCUAUAGAUCAAGUUCCAUACGGAAUUCGCUGGAUUUGCAAACAAAUUCGUUCAUUAACUAAACGGAAAUAUCCUAAUGCUACUGAGUUUGCCAUUUGUUCAUUAAUUGGCGGAUUUUUCUUUCUACGGUUCGUAAAUCCAGCUAUAGUAACCCCGAAAUCUUGUAUGAUAAUAGAAGGAAUUCCUGGACAUAAUCCAAGACGUACCUUAACUUUGAUUGCGAAAAUGUUACAAAAUCUUGCCAAUAAACCUUCUUAUGCGAAAGAAGAAUAUAUGAACAUGCUAAACCCAUUUGUUGAGAGUAAUAAACAGAGAAUUAAUAAAUUUUUGAUGGAUUUGUGCGAAGUAGGAGAUUUUUAUGAAAGUCUAGAGAUGGAUCAAUACAUAACAUUAUCCAAAAAGGAUCUGGUUUUGAAUAUCACGUUAAACGAAAUAUACAAUACUCAUGCCUUAUUAAUUCAACAUAAAGAUAUUUUGGCACCAUCAGAAAAAAGUCAUUUACAUAUACUUUUAGAUGAUAUCGGUCCUUCCCCUUCUCAGGUACCUAGGAAGGAAGAUAGGACAAUAGAACUUCCUUUAUUUAGCCGAUGGGAGACUCCCAUACAAGAUCUUGCUUCAGCACUCAUGUCUGAUAAUGGUGUUACUCAAAAUGAUAUUUUAUAUAUGGAGACCAAGUCUAUUUUCGUACAGCUCAUUCGUUCUAUUCCACGAAUGUCGGAACAAAAACAGAUAAAUUUACCUAUUAUUGCCGAAACGGCGGCAACAACCAAAGAUGCUACUUUAGUUCGUAAAGGAAUAAAGGUCAAAGAGAUGCUUCGUGAACUUGAGGAAGCUCGGGUUAUAGAUCGUAUAGAUGAUUACCGACUUAUGAGAGAAGAAGUUUCACAAGAAUUGGCACAUCUUGGUAAUCUUCGCGAAAAGAUAACUGAAGAAAUUCGGUCUCUCGAAGCAGUUUACAAGACUAUAUGCGAUCAUAAUAAUUAUCUUAGGAAUCAAUUGGAUAGUUAUAAAGCAUAUUUGCAAAACGUGAGGCAACAGACUUCGACCGAUCCCACUAUCACGAGUGUGGUUAAAGUAGGAGAUAAAGAGAACAAGCCCGCAAAGAUGAAAGUUUUGGGCCCAUAUAAAUUUACUUAUGCGCAAUUAGAAAAAGAUGGAAUUAUUACGGAGAGCAGUGUUCCAGAAAAUCGACGACAGAAUAUAUAUAUCAAUAUCAUAUCUCCAAUUCCAGGUACCUUUGUUAUUACGUUAUAUUAUAAAGGUCGGGAUGCUGCCAUCUUGGAAAUGGAUCUUAAGCUAGAUGAUCUUUUAGAAAAGCAACAAGAUAAUGUCGUUUCUUUGGAUCUCGAAUAUGUGCAGUUUAAUAUUCCCAAGAUUUUACAGCUAUUAAACAAGACAUUUUCCAAGAGAAAGACGUAG